AAAGGCUUUUCUGAGUUUAUAUUUUGGGGAGCUUUUUCGUUUAAUAAGAAGGGACCUUAUUAUAUAUGGGAAAAGGAGACUAUAGAGGAAAAGAGAGAGUAUAAAGCUAAUCUUAAUAUAAGGAAUUUAUUAAUUAAGAAGGCUAAUAAAUAA